CUUCUUAUCUCUCUUCGUCCCGGCUGAACUGGGCUAUUUGCCUCGCUCUCGUUCAUCGGAAGGUUCUUCUCUCCGCCGCCGACAACCUCCGUAUCCGCCUUCUUUAGAGCUCUCUCUCUCUCUCUCUCUCUCUAUAUAUAUAUAUAUAUAUAAGAUUUUACCAUUACAGCAACUUUCACUACCUUAAAUUGCUUUAAUCAGAUUGAAGUUUAGAAAUCGAUGGCGCAUAGGUUGCUGAGAGAUGCUGAAGCUGAUGGAUGGGAACGAUCUGAUUUCCCUAUUAUAUGCGAGUCGUGUCUCGGUGAUAGUCCAUAUGUGCGAAUGACAAAAGCAGAUUAUGACAAGGAGUGCAAGAUCUGCACGCGACCCUUCACAGUGUUCAGGUGGAGGCCUGGUCGGGAUGCGAGAUACAAAAAGUCUGAGAUCUGUCAGACCUGCAGCAAAUUGAAGAAUGUUUGUCAAGUUUGCCUGUUAGAUCUUGAAUAUGGUUUGCCAGUUCAGGUCAGAGACACUGCUCUCAGUAUCAACUCAAAUGAUGCCAUCCCAAAGAGUGACGUAAAUAGAGAAUAUUUUGCAGAGGAGCAUGACCGCAGGGCAAGAGCUGGUAUUGAUUAUGAAUCUUCAUAUGGGAAAGUCCGUGCAAAUGAUACUAUCAUGAAGCUUCAAAGAACAACUCCAUACUACAAGAGAAAUCGGGCACAUGUUUGCAGUUUCUAUAUACGUGGUCAAUGUACAAGAGGUUUGGAGUGUCCUUACCGGCAUGAGAUGCCUGAAACAGGGGAGUUGUCACAGCAAAAUAUCAAAGACCGUUACUAUGGAGUCAAUGAUCCAGUGGCUUUAAAGCUACUUAAUAAAGCAGGUGAAAUGCCUUCAUUGGAGCCCCCUGAUGACGAGAGCAUUAGAACCCUCUAUGUGGGUGGUGUUGAUGCAAGAAUCACUGAGCAGGACCUUAGGGACCAUUUUUAUGCACAUGGUGAAAUUGAGUCCAUUAAAAUGGUGGUCCAGCGUGGUUGUGCUUUCGUGACUUACACGACUAGAGAAGGUGCGGUGAAGGCAGCUGAGGAACUUGCAAACAAGCUGGUGAUAAAGGGCCUGAGACUGAAGCUACUCUGGGGGAGACCUCAAGUUCCCAAGCCAGAGUCCGAGGUCUCUGAUGAAGCAAGACAGCAGGCUGCUUUGACUCACAGUGGUUUGUUGCCUAGAGCAGUCAUAUCACAGCAGCAGAAUCAACCUCUUCAGCCUCCAGGCACUCAGGACCAACCUCCAUCCAUGCCUUACUUCAACAUACCCCCGAUGCCUCAGCAAGACAGACCAUAUUAUCCAUCAAUGGAUCCACAAAGGAUGGGUGCCGUAAUUGCAUCCCAGGAAGGGUCUUCUAGUUCAACUACAGGAUCUGGUCCUGGUGAAAACAAGAGCGGUUCUGAGCAUCAACAAGGACAACGUUAUGCAUAUCCACCUGGAGGGCCACCACCUCAAGGUCAAUUUUACCCGCCUUAUUAUCAUCCACCCUAUGGGUAUAUGCAACCACCUCCUCCACCUUAUCAGCAGUAUCCUCCUCCACCUUAUCAAGCUACAGCACCCCCACCACCUAGGGGUCAGCAAGCCGCGCAUCAGCAGAUCCCUCAGCCAGCUGCAGCAGCAACCACACAGCAGCCUUAAUCUGGGCAGUUUUGUCAGGCAUCUGCAAUGGGAAGAAGAAUCAAUGUUUAAACGUGUAGCCAUUUUGAAUCAAGUGUCGAUUCUGUUUUGCCAGAUGAAAACCUUUUGUGUUAGGUUCGUCUCUACCAACCUUUCGAGUUUCGAUUUGCUACACUAUGAUCUCAUUUAAACCUUUCAUCAUUUGAGCAAAUUGCAUUUUGCCCUCGUCUUUUUCCCUUUAAAAAAAGUUCCCCGCGGUUUUAUGAAUUUUACAUUUGUGCGUUGUGCAUGAGCACACUUGCUAAACGUUACUAUCGUUUUCUUUCUUUUUUCGUAGAGGCAUGUCAUUUGAUUUGGAAGUACACAAUCAAUGAUCAAUGAAAGUUUAUGAGUUAUGACCA